UUCGAGAGAGUCGGGCUUUGGUACUGUUGUGGAUCGCCGGGACACCUUGGAUUUAACGCCGCUUGGAUUUGUUUGCUGUUUUUCGUCUGCUUGCUCGCUGGAUUAAUUGCGUUGGCUCGGGGAUCUUGCCGCUUUUUCUUCUUUUUUUUAAGAAUUCUUUCAUCAUCGCUCCGACGUUUUCUGCCUCGGGACUCGUGGCUGCCACUGCCGCCGCCGCCGCCACCUCCUCCUGUCUCGGGACGGAGGGACCCCUGGCUCCAGGGAGCUCGGCCGACUUGGGCUUCGAGGUCUCGGCUUCAGUGUUUCCGACUAGUUUGGGGGCUCCUUCCACUGUGGAUUACAAUUGCACCAUGACCUUGGAAGAAGUCGUAGCCUGCGAGAGUGCGGCUCAGAAGAUGCAGACGGUGAGCAAUGCAGUGGAGGAGUUGCUCGUAGCGGCGCAGCGCCAGGACCGCCUGACAGUGGGCGUGUAUGAGUCGGCUAAGCUGAUGAAUGUGGACCCAGACAGCGUGGUCCUUUGCCUCUUGGCUAUCGAUGAGGAUGAAGAGGAUGACAUCGCCUUGCAGAUCCAUUUCACGUUGAUCCAAGCCUUUUGCUGUGACAACGACAUAGAUAUAGUUCGGGUGUCUGGGAUGAGGAGGCUGGCUGAGCUGCUGGGAGAGCCGGGGCCCACGGAAGAGACUGAGGAAACCCGGGAUCUUCACUGCCUGCUGGUCACGAAUCCUCAUACUGACUCAUGGAAGAGCCAUGGGCUGGUAGAAGUGGCUAGCUACUGUGAGGAAAGUCGGGAGAACAACCAGUGGCUCCCCAACAUCUCCCUCCAGGAGCGCUGACAUCCUUCUCCAAACAUAGAAAAUUGCUGCCUUGCAGACACAUUUAAUAAAAAAAAAAACCCACCCCCCCUUCCCAAAUCACACCAGAACCCAACCAUCAAGACCACUGUCGGGAAGAGGUGUAAGGGACAGAAUGUUCUUGCUGAAAUGGGGUGAAGAAACCCCUGGAACCUCUGUCAGGACCCAGGAGUCUGGGUCACCUGGGGUCAGGAAUGACAGAGCUGAGAGGUGGGACUGUGUCGGCCUCAAGAAGAUCCACCAGCCAGAGCGAGAAGGUGACAAUGGGGCUGUGGCACCCAGGGCUGCCUGGAGUCCAGUGAUUAAGUCGGGCAAUAGGAGGGAGACCUGCCUUCCCCCACCACUAAGGGACUAUGCAUGGAGACAAGAUGGUCGGGCUGCCCCUCCGGCCGGCCUCGGUGGCCUGUUAACUGUUGCAAAUGGGAGUUGGAAUUUGCAACCAAGACUUGAUGGUGGGAGGUCUAGAGUGACCUGCUGGGAGCCUGGGGACAGGCUGCUGCUGCCGUGCACUUAAGAGCUCCCAGUCUGCAAACAAUAUAUAGAUAUUUUUACGUUAUUGCACUAACCGAGCCGUUUGAGAAGAGAGGACAAGUUUAUACAUAUAUAUAUAUAUUUUUUUGUGUAUGUGUGUGUGUCCAAUGCUGGUUUGGUAAUAAAUUUGCUGUACUCUCA